GUCUGCUUGUGUGCACUUUCAGUCACUACUCUGCCCCGAGCCCUCACAUGUGGAAUACAGUUUUAUAAAACUUUCUUAGAAUAUUUCAAAUAUGGAAUCACCACUGGGUAUGAUACCACUACAGUUCAAAGAUGCUUUUUGGUAAUCCCAGCACAGACGGAAGUGCUCAAUGCAGGGGCUACUGAAGCACUGCAGGGUGUGGAUAUCACCUGCCACCCGGGCUAUGAGACCCUGAUACAGAGACUGUGCAAUGGGAGGCGUAUGUGCAAGGACACAGAGGACCUCCUAAAGCUGAGGGCACAGGCAGAGGAGAAGUACGGCAAGGAGCUGGUGAUGAUAGCUCGGAGAGCCGGGGGCCAGACGGAGAUCAGUACCCUGAGAGCAUCAUUUGAGCAGCUAAAAGCCCAGAUUGAGAACAUUGGGAAUUUACACAUCCAGCUGUCCGUAACGCUGAGGGAAGAAGUCAAAAGGAUGGAAGUCUUCCGAGAGCAUCAGAAAGAGCAGAGGAAAAAGUUUGAAGGUAUUAUGGAGAAGGUUCAGAAGACUAAGGUGGCCUUGUUCAAGAAGACACUGGAGUCCAAAAAGUCAUAUGAUCAGAAGUGCCGAGAGGCAGACGAGGCUGAACUGGCCGCUGAAAGGGUCAACAGCAGUGUCACAAAGCAGUAUGAGAAGGUGCAGAACAAAGCCCAUCAGUGCCGGGAGGCGGCCACCGAUGCCGAGAAGCAGUACAUGGCUAAUGUGGAGCAGCUGGACAAGGUCCGACUGGACUGGGAGAACACGCACAGGAGCACAUGUGAGGUCUUUCAGCAGCAGGAGGGAGACCGUAUUGGCAUGCUGAGAAACGCCAUGUGGGCACAUUGCAACCAUUUCUCCAUGCAGUGCAUCAAAGACGAUGAGUAUUAUGAGGAGGUGAGGAAGACUCUAGAAUCAUGUGACAUUACCGCAGAUAACAACUGUUUCAUCGAGACGAAGAGAACAGGGUCAACACCACCAGCUCCGAUCCUCUUUGAGAAUUACUACCAGAGGGACGCGCCAUCAGAAAGCAACGGCACUGCUCGCUCUGGAGGAGGAGGAGUGAUGAAGAGAUUUUCCAAUCUAUUGCAAGGGAGCAAUAGUGCGUCCAGGAUGAAUGUCAGUGACAUCCCUUCGCAAACAGCGCCAUCUAGUGCCGAGCACUCGGACAACGUGUAUGCGUCCAUUCAGCAGGGCACGCGCGCCCGCGCACCAAUGGAGGCAGAAGCGCUGUACAAGGUGCUGUACGACUACACUGCCCAGAGCCCUGACGAGCUGUCCAUCUCGGUGGGGGACGUGGUGGUGGUGGAGGAGCAGAGUGCGGACGGCUGGUGGGAGGUGAGCAGGGAUGGAGAGGCCGGACUGGUCCCAGGAACCUACCUGACCCAAGUCUGAGCAUGAAGAAAACAAAAUGGAGCGGCGAUCAUCCCGGUGUAAAAUCCAGCUAUGACCAGCUUGAAAUUACCAGCGACCGGCUGUUUCAAAACAUAACUUGAGCUGGUCAAACCACGUAGAGGAUGGAGCUGGUCGGAACUGGUCAACUAGCUACCAGCUGUUUCAAAACCUAGCUUGAGCUGUUUUUCAGCAGGGAUUGCAAUGGCAUCAACACAAAGAAAUCAAUUCUUGUUAAAACAAAUGCAUACCCGUUGAAGGAUGUUAUCUGUAAAAAUUAAGCCUAUUCUCCGUUCAGGCAUUUCUCAUCUUGUGGUGGUGUUUACAUUUUAACUAUGCUAUUGUAUAAAGUGGUAACUUCAUUGGUCAAUGUUUAUAUUCAAAAUAGUCACCUAAGCAUGGCGGUUUAUGUGUAUAACUAUUGUUAAUUAGCAGGUCUUAUAUGAGCUCAUGCAUAGACACAAAUAGGCCUUUGGUUUAAAUUUGACACCGACUCAAAAAGAGACAUGAAGCUUACAGUUAUGAUCACUAUUCUGUCAGGAACAGGCGCAGAGAGGAAAGCUGAAAACAGGCCCUGGUAUCAGUGAUCCACACCAUUCCUUCCCCAUUCCCCAACACUUUUUCUCAAGGCCCAAGUUGACCCUUCUGUAAUUCCCCAGCUAUUUUGGUUAAGAAGCACCAAGUAAAAUUUGGUAACUACAUCUUUAAGUUAAGUUGGAAAAACAUGUUUUUUUGCACAGGAAAUAACGGUUUGACGCGGCUGGUAUAAAAUGUAGAUUAACAGUAGUUGUAGAAGCUAAAUAUAAUCAUCUCAAAAUUGAGAAAGUUGUUUCGGGAGCCAGUUUCAGAUUCAGUGACUGUGCAGCACAUCAGGUGACAGUGUUGACUGAUGCCUCUGAUUAAGUGGCUUCUGCUACUGCGUGAGAGGAGAGAGGUCACAUGAGAACCCCACUCCAAAAACGUGACGGACAGGGAGGAAAUGAGCACAACGAUUACAAUACCCAGAUACAAUAACUGCACAUACCAAAUACAGGGACAAAUGUCCAAUAAAAGAGGCUAUUUCCAA